AUGGAGCACGAACUCGCCAUCGCCAACGCGGCGCUAUUCGCGGCUCUUUUCCGCGCCGAUCCAACCCCCCUCACGCGCCCUGAUGCUGAAGCCUUCCUUCUCCUGCUCGACUCGGCCCUCGUCCAAUGCUCUCGUCCCAACGUCCAGGUUUGCUUCAUUGCUCGAGACACAUCUUGGAUCGUCGACAACAUCGCUGUCUCGUCCACCCACCGGGCCACGGCUCUGGGGAAAUACCUGGCGGCCCUCGCGUCGAAACCGAGCGACCGCGGCCGCAGAAUCAGUCUCAAGAGAUGGAGACUGCAUAUUCUCUACCUACUCAACGAUGUCGUCCAUCAUUUGGUCACUCGGCUUAACAACCAUAAAUUAGAGUCCGCUUGGGAGGCGCAUCUGCCUGCUCUCUUCGCCGCCGCCGCUGAUUUCGACCAGUGCCCAAAGCAUAAGAAGAAGCUCGAGAAUCUCCUGGAUUUAUGGCAGGAGAAAUCAUACUUCUCUGCAAGCUUUAUUGCGAAGCUUCGCGAUGCUCUCGCAAAUGGCGUCUCGCCCCAGCAACCUCUGAGUCAAUCUAUCAGCAACACUAGUGUGAAGCUUUCCAAGGACACGCCGUUUAUCCUCCCCGCGUUACAUGGCGACCCCUCGACGCCAUGGUUCGAUCUACCUGCAUCUACAUGGCUCAUGCACAUGGAGGCUAAUUCCAUCAAGCCAAUGAAGCCAGAGGAGAUCAAGCCCUUGCAAUUGAAAGCCGGACCCGCAAGCCAGAAGCUUGUUGCCGCUGUUCAGGAUCUACUUGCAGAUGCAGAUUUUCUCUUUUCCAAAGAGAGCCAAGAGAACAAUGACGAAAUAAACGAACUUGGAGAGAGGACCAUCCUGGACAAUGUCACUGGCGAGAUUGUCGGCGGAGAGACCUACUAUGGCUGGUCCAGGCGAUUCUGCGAGCAGAUGAAGGACCACAAACGAAAAGCGAAGAACGGAAAGGCAAGGCGCCGCUCAAGAUCCAGAUCAAGAUCA